AUGGGUAGUGUCGCCAAUUCAGACUUCCCCGUGUCCGUAUCGGCGCUUCACUUCCCCUCCUCUGAGCAGCUAUCUGUAUCCCAGACACUAGCCUCCUUGCGACGAUCUGCACUUUCCGUCAACAACCGACUCCGCUCUAUCGAGGCUGACGCUGCAUUUGUCCGUGAGGUUGCUGACCAUUACGGCCUACCCUUGAUCGCCAACGAAAGAUGCGGGAGUUGGUAUAUCCCGCCCGAUGUCAAGUCUGGGAGCGCUUACUUCAAGAGCACCGACGGACAUACUGGCCAGUGGGAUUUCAGCUUUCGUAGACUAAACCUGCAGAUUCUACCAAUUGCCCGCCACCACGGGGGGUGCAUUAUAGUGGACUCCACUCGUCGUGGCAAAUUGAUGCCUGAUGCCUUGUCAAAGACUAUACCUAUCUGGUGUGCCGUCUUUAACAGAGCGUUGUUCCCUUCAGAGACUGCAUAUCAUUCCGUCGAAUUGCCGCCGAACUACUUAGGUGCCUCUGAGGAGUCGCAGAUUGAGCAAAGGAUCGACGGUUUUGUCCAUUCACUCAAGAGUCUUAAACUUGAUCUGGAUGAUCUCAAGCAGCAGCUGGGGAAGCCAAUACGCAUUGCUUGGGCAAACCGGACAUACUUCCACCCAACAGACCUGAGCAAAGGAGAAGCGUACAAUCUUUUCGUUCUUUGCUCGGCUUCGAAACGGGUCCAUGGGGCUGAAAUAUCCGAAGGUGGCUAUAUCCAAGGUGCAGGGGAUGACAGCGAAGCUUGGGCCCACGGUCUUACACCAGCUGUAUUUUGGGCUCACAAAUCCACGCUCUUGACACGGGCAGAAGAAGACCUGCCCGAGGUGAUUGCGGAUUUGAUGCAGGAGAGCCGUAAGCAGGGUUCGGGGCAGCAAGCGACACUUAUCGCGCCGUCUCAGAACCUAUAUGUCAGCCGAACGGAUCCUAGCUUGGCUGCCAAUGGUCUCUAUGACCUGGUUAUUGAUUGCAAUAGCAGCGCAGAGACUACGGAAGAGAAACCCAAGCGUCUGAAUCUAGGCUGUAUAUCCUCAAAGCAGGGCGGCCGGGACCUCCGGAAUCAUUUAGACAAGGUUCGGGAUUUCGUUAAUCUGCACCUGGCCUCGAGUCCGUCACAGUCUCUGCUUGUUAUGUGCGAGUCUGGGAAGGACCUUUCUGCUGGCACCUUGCUCACUAUAAUCUGCCUGUUCUAUAAUGAUGCGGGUAAGUUGAAUCGCUACCAGCACUAUUCCAACCUUACUCUGACUGUUGUAGGUGAGUUUGUCGGACCUCAAACGCAACCGAUAAGUAAACAGUUCAUCCGACAACGUCUUGCUUGGAUCGUGUCAUCGAAACAUGACGUGAACCCAUCACGCAGCACGCUGCAGUCUGUCAAUGCGUUUCUUAUGCAACGACCGGACUAUUAA